ACCUCCGCUGGCGCUGCUGCUGCUGCUGCUGCUGCUGCGGGAUUGAAGCCGAGGCUGCUUGCUUGUUCUCAACCAGUCAGCAGCGGCAGUGGUCGGGUCGGAGUAUGAUCGCUGUGCGAGGCGCAUAGAUGUGCAAAACCCCUGGAAUAUCCGUGCGCUGGAGAGGCCAGAACCGACCACCGUGGAGGACUGUCUUCAUUUAGUCGUCAAAAGGGAAAGAGCCACGGUGAAAGCAUGGCGGUAGAAGAGGAAGGUCUCCGGGUUUUCCAGAGCGUUAAAAUAAAAAUAGGAGAAGCAAAAAACAUCCCUCCAUACCCGGGGCCAAACAGGAUGAGGGACUGUUACUGCACUGUCAACCUGGACCAAGAGGAGGUCUUCAGGACCAAGAUCGUCGAGAAGUCACUUUGUCCGUUCUACGGGGAGGACUUCUACUGUGAGAUCCCACGAAGCUUCAGACACCUCUCCUUCUACAUCUUCGACAGGGACGUGUUCAGGAGGGACUCCAGCAUCGGCAAGGUUGCAGUGAAGAAAGAGGACCUGCAGAAAUAUCUCGGCAAAGACACCUGGUUCCAGAUACAACCUGUCAGUGCUGACUCAGAGGUUCAGGGGAAAGUGCACCUGGAGCUGCGUCUGAGUGAAGUCAUCACAGACAGCGGAGUCAUCAUCCAUAAACUAGCCACACGAGUGCUGGAGUGCCAAGGUCUUCCAAUUGUCAACGGCCAAUGUGAUCCCUAUGCUGCUGUCUCCUUAUUAGGACCUUCAAGGUCAGAUGCCAAAAAGACCAAGGUGAAGAGGAAAACCAACAAUCCACAGUUUGAGGAGGUUUUCUAUUUUGAGGUGACGCGGCCAUUAAGUUACACCAGGCGCCAGUUUGAUGUUGAAGAAGAGGACGUUGACAAGCUGGCGCUCAGGGUGGAUCUGUGGAACGCCAGCAACCUGAAGUUCGGCGACGAGUUCCUGGGAGGUGUGCGGGUUCCUCUGCGGGUCCUGGGUCAGUUUGGGGUCCACGAUGCAUGGUACUUUCUCCAGCCGAGGGAGAAUGGAGGGAAGUCAGUGAAGGUAGAAGAGCUUGGCUCUCUACGUUUGAACAUCGUUUACACUGAGGACCACGUCUUCCCCUCCGAACAUUACACUCCCCUCAGAGAUCUACUGCUGUACUCUGCUAACGUAGAGGUACUGUAUGUUCAUAUGAAUGUGUCAAUGCUCUGCUCAGACUCAUCGUAUUUAUGUGUCCUGCAGCAUCUUGACCUGCUUCAUCGUCACUGUUUGAAUGCUACUUCUAUACUCCUCGUCCUCUCUGUUCAGCCUGUGUCUGCAUCCACGGCUAAUAUCUUGGGGGAGGUGUGUCGAGAGAAACAGGAAGCCGCCAUUCCCCUUGUGCGUCUCUUUCUUCACUACGGCAAGAUCGUGCCUUUCAUCAGCGCCAUCGCUCAUGCGGAAGUCAACCGCACACAGGAUCCAAACACCAUUUUCCGGGGAAAUUCCCUGACUUCCAAGUGCAUCGAUGAGACCAUGAAGCUAGCAGGAAUGCACUAUCUGCAGGUCACACUCAAACCAAUCAUAGAUGAGAUCUGCACAGAACACAAAUCCUGUGAAAUCGACCCAGUCAAACUGAAAGAGUCAGAGAACCUGGACACAAACAGAGAAAACCUUCGUCAGUAUGUAGACCGUAUCUUCAACGUUAUCACCACCUCUGGCGUUCGCUGUCCGACCGUCAUGUGUGAUAUCUUCUUCUCUCUGAGAGAGUCUGCUGCCACCCGUUUCCAAGUUGACCAAGACGUCCGAUACACAGCAGUGAGCAGUUUCAUCUUCCUGCGUUUCUUUGCUCCAGCCAUCCUCUCCCCCAACUUGUUCCAUCUACGGCCGCACCAUCCAGAUCCUGCCACCUCACGAACCCUGACCCUCAUCUCCAAGACGAUCCAGACCCUGGGAAGUCUCGCAAAGUCUAAAUCUGCCAAUUUCAAAGAGUCGUACAUGGCUGCAUUUUAUGACUACUUCAAUGAGCAGAAAUACGCCGACGCUGUGAAGAAUUUCCUAGACCUGAUCUCCACGUCUGGCAAAUGGGAUCAGAAGAGUAUUGAAACACCAAUCAUGCUCAAAGAGGGAUUUAUGAUAAAGAGAGCACAGGGGAGAAACCGGUUUGGAAUGAAGAACUUCAAAAAGAGAUGGUUUCGCCUCACCAACCAUGAGUUUACCUACCACAAAACAAAAGGAGAGGGAGCUCUGUGCAGCAUUCCCAUAGAGAACAUCCUGGCUGUAGAGAGGCUGGAGGAGGAGUCUUUCAAGAUGAAAAAUAUGUUCCAGGUUAUUCAGCCAGAGCGGGCACUCUACAUCCAGGCCAACAACUGUGUCGAGGCGCGCGACUGGAUCGACAUCCUGACCAAAGUCAGCCAGUGCAACCGCAAACGCCUGAGCACCUACCAUCCCUCAGCCUACCUCAACGGCCACUGGCUCUGCUGCAAGUUCUCAGCAGACACAGCCCCUGGGUGUACGCCCUGCACCGGCGGCCUCCCAGCAAACAUUCAGCUGGACGUAGACGGAGACAGAGAAACUCAGAGGAUAUACUCCCUGUACAUCACGUACAUGACCAAACUGAUCAAGAUGCAAGAGGCCUGUGGCAGUAAGUCUGUGUAUGACGGGCCUGAACAGGAGGAGUACUCCACCUUUGUCAUCGAUGACCCCCAGGAGACCUACAAAACCCUGAAGCAGAUCGUCUCAGCUGUGGACACCUUGGAGCAGCAGCACACCAAGUACAAACGGGACAAGUUCAGGAAUACAAAGAUAGGCAGCCAGGAGAAUCCGAUUGGAGACAAGAGUUUUCAGUGUUACAUCCGCCAGCAGUCUGAGAGCUCCACCUACUCGAUCUAGCCUUGGCCCAGUAUACUGUUUCUAUGAUGCUCAGAACCAGCAUAUUUUUCUAUACUGCAAAAAAAAAAAUCCAUCUUAACUUUGCUCUGAAUCUAGCAUUGGGUUUUAAAUCUUUCUUCGUGUUUCCAAUGCAGUGUAUCCAUGCUUGAAGGAACAUUUCUCUUUUGUUAUGACAUUUCUGGAAGAAGAUGAUGCUGAUUUGGAAACAAGUAUCAUCCGUUAUACUGAUUUGUUCGAUUGUAAGAAAAUAACAAUUUUAAGGCUCACUGCCAGACUGAAUGAGCUGUGCAGAUGGACUUUUUUUGCUGCAGUGUCUUAAGGUGCAUCGCUCCAGAUUCGGAGAAACAGACCUCAGAUCUGCGAGCAUGGGGGGGCAGUUGUGGAGGGAAGGAGGGAUACGGAAGAUGAAGAUAAUCACACCAUACAUCUAUUUGGAUCUCCUUUCUAUGAUGUGAUGAGAGAACAAACGUUUUCACUGGACAGUUUUGACAGUGACCGACACGCACUUUAAUCAUCUUCAAAUCUAUGGAUGAACAAGCCUCGCAGCACACUUUCAAAUCCUUAUUCUAUUUGAUUUGCAUUUUGGUUAUUGAUAUUUGAUUUGCUUUUGGUUAUUUUAAAGGUUGUUGAAAUGUUCCAUUGUAUUUCACAUCUGACAGACCAAACUCUUGAAGGAAAUGAGGACUGUAAUUCCCCCCCCCCCCCCCCCCCCCCCCUUUGGUUGGUGAUGUCCUUGUGUACCUGCUAUUAGUUUUGUCCCCAACUUCCUCAGGAAGGCUGUGAAGGUCAAGGGAACACAAGAAGGGAUUGUCAGGGCCAAGCAAGGCCCAGAGACAAUUUUAAUCUCAUUUUUCAUUUUUACCAACACUGUGCAAACAGAUAUUAUAUAUGUUAUAAAUCAUGCCCUUUGUAACAGUACGUGGGUUAAAGGAAUAGCUUGGUUUUGGAUAGCUUUUCUGUUGUAUUUUAUUGCUUACAAUCAGUUUACAUUACAUUUCAUUAUAUUUAGUCAGAUAAGCCCAUGGAUGCCUUUUAUUAUUUGUAUGGAUGUAUGCUGUUUGAAGGUACUGUAUAUUAAAAAGUUUGCUGAUGACUGAG